AUGGGUUCGUUUGGGGAUGAGCUGAGUUUGGGAUUGAGGAGACACAGUUCGAUGCUGCCUAUGAAUACGAUCUCUGGUUUUCCGAGGAAAGCUUCGAAGAUCAUCAUCAAUGUAUCGGAGGAACAUGUUGAGAAGCUUGAAGAAGAGAAGAGGAAGAUCGAAGACUGUGACCUCCAGCUUCCUCUGUGUCUGGAGAUUUUAAACAAUGCGAUUUCGUAUUUAAAGGAGGAAACUAAGAGAUGCUCAGAGAUGAAUACUCAACCAUUAUUGAAAGAUUUCAUCUCUCUUAAUAAUAAUAAACCUAUUCGAGAAGAACACAAGGAAGAAGAUGGAAUUGAGAUGCAAUUGCUGAGAAGAGAGGAGCUAAUGAAGGAGAACAAGUUUCUGCAGUGGAAAGCAAAUGAUCACUUCUCAAACCACAGAUUCUCAGAUACCAAGAUUGAGAGAAAUGAGGAGAAAUCUACAAAUGGCUUAUCUAUGUUGUUGAUUCCUGGCAUGACAACUCCAAAAGUAGAAACUGGUUUAGGCCUCGGUUUAGCUUCGAGCUCCAUGGUUAAUGGAAGAAGAAAAGGAAUUGCCUCUUGCAGCUCUAUGCCACAGCCACCACCACCUCUGCAACCACCGUAUCUUCAGCAGCAAGCUUUGCGGCGGAAGCAGAGAAGGUGUUGGACUCCUGAGUUACAUCGCCGUUUCGUUGAUGCAUUGCAGCAGCUUGGUGGACCUGGAGUGGCAACUCCUAAGCAAAUCAGAGAGCAUAUGCAAGAAGAAGGCUUAACCAACGAUGAAGUGAAGAGUCAUUUACAGAAGUACCGGUUACACAUGAGGAAGCCUAAUUCGAAUCCGGAGAAACAAUCAUCAGUUGUUUUAGGGUUUAGCUUGUGGAAUUCAUCAUCACAAGAGGAAGAAGAAGAAGAAACCGGUGAAGGAGGAGGAGGAUCAUCAUCAAAGAGAAGCAACUCGCAGUCGGAUUCUCCGCAAGGUCCGUUGCAGCUACCUUGUACGACAACUACAACAGGUGGAGAUAGUAGCAUGGAAGACGCUGAAGAUGCUAAAUCCGAGAACUUUCAGAUGGAGAGAUUGAGAACUCCUUAA